GUCCUUGUCUGCGUUGGAUGUCCAGGCAGGUGCAGGCGCCGCAGGGCCGGAUCCUCCGCGCGGCCGAGUCCAUCUCCUGGGAAAUGGGGCGGACUGUGUUUCCUUGACCGACUAUUGUGAGCGCCCUCUCUCUCCGGCGGAGCCAAGACCAUGGCCCCCACUCAGGGCCCCCGGGCCCCGCUGGAAUUCGGAGGGCCCCUGGGCGCCGCGGCUCUGCUGCUGCUGCUGCCGGCCACCAUGUUCCACCUGCUCCUGGCAGCCCGUUCGGGCCCCGCGCGCCUGCUAGGUCCACCCGCGUCCCUGCCCGGAUUGGAGGCGCUGUGGAGCCCACGGGCGCUGCUGCUGUGGCUCGCCUGGCUCGGCCUGCAGGCGGCGCUGUACCUACUGCCGGCGCGCAAGGUGCGGGCCCCGCUCGCGGACGCUCGGGGGAGGGAGGCGAAGGGGCUCGGCGAGGGAGAGGACGCCCCGGGCCUUAUCAGAGCCCCCUUGGACCCGCAGGUGGCCGAGGGGCAGGAAUUGAAGGACAAGAGUCGCCUGCGCUAUCCUAUUAAUGGCUUCCAGGCCCUGGUGCUGACAGCCCUGUUGGUAGGGCUGGGGAUGUCAGCGGGGUUGCCUCUGGGGGCGCUCCCGGAAAUGCUCCUGCCCUUGGCGUUUGUCGCCACCCUCACCGCUUUCAUCUUCAGCCUCUUUCUCUACAUGAAGGCGCAGGUAGCCCCAGUUUCGGCCCUGGCACCUGGGGGGAACUCAGGCAAUCCGAUUUAUGACUUUUUUCUGGGACGGGAGCUCAACCCUCGUAUCUGUUUCUUCGACUUCAAAUAUUUCUGUGAACUGCGACCUGGCCUCAUCGGCUGGGUCCUCAUCAACCUGGCCCUGUUGAUGAAGGAGGCAGAGCUUCGGGGCAGUCCCUCACUGGCCAUGUGGCUGGUCAAUGGCUUCCAGUUACUCUACGUGGGUGAUGCCCUCUGGCACGAGGAGGCCAUCCUCACCACCAUGGAUAUCACACAUGACGGUUUUGGCUUCAUGCUGGCGUUUGGGGACAUAGCCUGGGUGCCCUUCACCUACAGCCUGCAGGCCCAGUUCCUGCUGCACCACCCGCAGCCCCUGGAGUUGCCCAUGGCCUCCGUCAUCUGCCUCAUCAAUGCUAUUGGUUACUACAUCUUCCGUGGGGCGAAUUCCCAGAAAAACACUUUCCGAAAGAAUCCUUCUGACCCCAGAGUGGCUGGGCUUGAGACCAUCUCUACAGCCACAGGGCGGAAACUGCUGGUGUCUGGGUGGUGGGGUAUGGUCCGCCAUCCCAACUACCUUGGAGACCUCAUCAUGGCUCUGGCUUGGUCCUUGCCCUGCGGGGUGUCACACCUGCUGCCCUACUUCUACCUCCUCUACUUCACCGCGCUGCUGGUGCACCGUGAGGCCCGGGAUGAGCGGCAGUGCCUGCAGAAGUACGGCCUGGCCUGGCAGGAGUACUGCCGGCGUGUGCCUUACCGCAUCAUGCCCUACAUCUACUGAAGCGGCUCCACCACCCCAGGUGGGGGCAUGUGCCCACUCACCCACCAGCACACCCAGGACUAGGAGCCUGGACACACUUGGGACUCAAGGGCUUGCACCCCACCCAGCCCUGAUGAUGAACAGCCUCAGAGAAGAGGUGGUUUAGAGCAAGAAAAAAAAUGAAACCAGUGACCAAAAUCGGA